AUGAUCGAUACAGUGUCUGCAGUAUAUGACUCCCUCUUAUCGCUGGGUGACGAUAAACUUAUUUCAAAUGCGAUGUUGAUUCACAUAGUCAUGUCGAAGGUUGAUCCCACUACUCGGUCAAAGUGGGAGGAGCAACUUGACUAUGAUAAGCUGCCGCUUUGGGCUGAGUGUGAAGCUAUGCUAAACAAGAGGUACCAGCAUUUAUCAGCUGAAGAAGCUUCCUCAUCCCAACAAAGGCCAAAUAAUGAAGAUACGCGGCAGAAAACAAAAAAUCAACAACUGCGACACUCAAAGACAACAUUUAUCGCGACAAAUUCCAAACUGCCGACUUGCCUUCACUGUGGUUCCAAGGACCAUUAUUUGACAGCUUGUCCAAAAUUCCAAGCGCUUACUGCACUUAAAAGAUUUGAAUUAGCAAAAUCUAUUUCCCUGUGCAUAAAUUGCUUGCGCAAGGGACACACGGUCUCAAAGUGCAAAGCAGAUCGCUGUGGUGUAUGCAACCGUUCGCAUCACACCAUGUUGCAUCAAUAUCCGAUCUCCUUUGAGACCGAGCCGCAACCUUCGACGUCACAGGCCAUGCAUAUUAGCAGCCUGCCUGACCGAGUCAUGUUAGCUACAGCCGUAGUUAAUGUAAAGGCCAGCUCCGGUGUUUACGUGCAAGCGCGAGCGCUACUUGACUCCGGUUCUCUAGUCAACUUUAUGACCGAAGAGCUUAUGCAGAAAUUGCGAAUCCGAAAAGAAAAAUUCGCUCUAAAUAUAGUUGGAAUUGGCAAUUCAAAUAAAAAGGUCCAAGGCAAGCUUAAAACUUAUAUAAAAUCGAGGAUCAACAAUUUUGAAUUUUCGGCGGACUUUUGGGUAAUGCGUUCGAUAUCAGUCAAUCAUCCAGAUCGGACUGUAAACACAAAUGGCUGGAAAAUCCCACAAAAUAUUGAACUAGCUGACCCUAGUUUCUACAAGUGUCAGAAAAUAGACAUACUUUUAGGAGCUGAAAUAUUCUUUGAUCUGUUAUCGGUGGGUCAGAUCAGAACCAGCCCAAGGCAGCCAACGCUGCAAAAAACUGUGUUAGGCUGGAUAAUUUCAGGCAAGUAUGCCACAAAUAAUAGCUCCAGUGCCCAAGUAAGUAGCACAUUAUGUCAAUUUGAAGAAAGCGUUGCUAGUAUUGAUACCACAAUCCGAAAAUUCUGGGAAUUGGAAGAAAUACCUGCACAAAUAAAUUCCACACGACUGACUCCAGAGCAGGCAAAAUGUGAGGAAUUUUUUUCGAAAACCACACAGGUUUUACCAUGUGGAAGGCUUCAAGUCAGACUGCCUUUCAAAACCGACCGUAAAUUACUCGGUCAUUCGUAUGAAACCGCAGCUCGGCGGUUUCAGGCGCUGGAGAGAAGGACGCUGAAAGAUCCAGUACUUCGUAAAAUGUACCUGGACUUCAUGCAAGAGUAUCUCGAAUUGGGGCAUAUGAGUGCCCGACUCCCGAGUGAGCCGCACUAUUUCAUUCCGCACCAGUGUGUGUUAAGACCGCAGAGCACAACUACCAAGUUGCGCGUAGUUUUUGAUGCUUCGAGUCGCACAUCAACACAAGUUGCGUUGAAUGAAACCUUGAUGGUCGGACCGAUCGUUCAAGAGGAGCUUUUUUCGACCCUCCUUCGCUUCCGAUUGCACAAAUAUGCCAUGACUGCUGACAUCACGAAGAUGUAUCGUCAAAUAUUGGUGCACGAAGACGACAGGAACUUCCAGCUCAUAGUGUGGAGACAGGAUCCAUCGGAGCAUUUGCAAAUUUUUCGAUUAAACACCGUAACAUACGGCACAGCGCCUGCACCAUUUCUCGCCACACGGUGUCUGCAAAUGCUAAGCGACAAAAAUAAAGCCAAAUAUCCACUCGGUUCCAAAGUCAUUCGGAAUGACUUUUACGUCGACGACCUAUUAACAGGAUCCGACAGUAUAGAAAGCCUCACCCAGAUACAACAGGAAGUAAAUAUAAUUUUAGAAUCGGCAGGCCUGAAAUUAGCAAAGUGGUUUUCCAAUCAUACAAGCUCAUCGAAUAGUGAGAGUCUCCAAAAAUUAUUGCAGCUCAGCGAUACCGACUCCACCAAAACGCUGGGAAUCCACUGGCAGCCGAAAGAUGACAUUUUUCGCUUCAUUCUGGAAGAUAAUUUUAGCGAGCUGCGAGCAACUAAACGUAAUAUUUUAUCCGUUUCCGCUCGCCUCUUUGACCCUCUUGGUUUAUUAGCCCCGCUAGUUACCAAAGCUAAAAUCUUAUUACAAGAGCUUUGGAUUCAAAAGCUAGACUGGGAUGAGUCGAUUCCAUUGCGGCUUGACACUAGCUGGCAAAACUUUAAAACCAAUUUGUUGCAGCUUUCAUCAAUUAGCAUUCCUCGGUCAGAUCAUGGGCAAUCUACCCGCCGAUCGACCACGCGCGCCAAACAUCUGCUGGUGCGCGCCGUAGGCAACGCGCUGUUAACCGCCGAAGAAAGCGCAACGCUUCUCGUCGAAGUAGAAGCGGUACUGAAUUCCCGACCGCUCGCACCACUCAGCAACGACCCCAACGACGGCGAGGCGCUAACGCCGGCGCAUCUACUAAUCGGUUGCCCCUUGCGAGCUUUGCCACCGGAGAAGGUACCCGUCAACCUCAGCCGCUGCUUAGAGAGAUGGCAGCUUGUUUGCUCUCUCAAGCAACAAUUUUGGCGCGCGUGGUCGAAGAGCUACCUUCUGGAGCUUCAGCAGCGCAACAAAUGGGUGCACCCGCAGCGCAACGUCCAACCAGGCCAACUCGUCGUCGUCCACGAAGACAACGUACCACCGCAGCAUUGGGUGCUCGGUCGAGUAACCGCAACCAUUCCCGGAGCGGACGGCAAAAUUCGAGUCGCAGACAUCACCACUAGGUCGGGUGAAGUACGACGCCCUAUUCACAAACUCGCCGUGCUGCCGGUGGAAAACAAGAAUUGA